UCAUAAAAUGGAAAAGGAGAAACCCGCGUGGAGACCCGACCCGUUUCAUGGGAAGCCACCACCGUCGGAAACACCGUGGGACCCCAUGGAGUUCUUGUCUCGUUCAUGGAGUGCCUCUUCUCUUGAAGUCUCCAAGGCUCUUUCCCCUGCUCCUGCACCUGCACCUGCACCUGCACCUUCCAAUAACAACAACAACACUAGUUAUAACACUAACAAUUCUAAUGCCUCCAUAAUACUUGAAGACAUAGCUGCUGAAGUGGACGACUCUGCCACAGUUUCUGGCAACCCCUUUUCCUUUGCUUCCUCUGAAACCUCUCAGAUGGUCAUGGACCGCAUCAUGUCACACUCGCAGGAGGUAUCACCUCGCACAUCGGGGAGACUGUCUCACAGCAGUGGCCCUCUUAAUGGCUCCCUAACAGAUAGCCCUCCAGUUUCCCCUUCUGAAAUUGACGAUUUCAAGUAUAACCGCUCCAACAACAACCACAACACCAUGAUCACCGGCAUGAGUAGUCAAAUCUGGGCCGUCACUGCCGGAGGCGCCGCUGCCGGAGGCGGUGGCAAGACGGUUGGGAGGUGGCUGAAGGACAGGAAGGAGAAGAAGAAGGAGGAAACCAGGGCCCACAAUGCUCAGCUCCAUGCAGCUGUUUCGGUUGCCGGUGUCGCAGCCGCAGUUGCCGCCAUCGCCGCUGCCACGGCUGCCUCGUCGGGCUCCCGCAAGGACGAGCAGAUGGCAAAGACGGACAUGGCAGUGGCAUCGGCGGCGACGCUGGUGGCUGCUCAGUGUGUUGAGGCUGCCGAGGCCAUGGGGGCUGAGCGCGACCACCUGGCCUCGGUGGUUAGCUCCGCCGUGAAUGUGAGGUCCGCCGGUGACAUCACGACCCUGACGGCGGCGGCAGCCACUGCUUUACGUGGCGCUGCCACGUUGAAAGCGAGGGUUCUUAAGGAGGUUUGGAAUAUUGCAGCUGUGAUUCCAGUGGAGAAGAAUUUAGGUGGUGGUGCGAAUGGUAGCAACGGUAGUUCUAACAGUAGCUUCAGUGGGGAACUUGUGCCUGAAGAAAAUUUCUUGGGUAUCUGUAGUAGAGAAUUGCUAGCAAGAGGUUGUGAGCUUCUCAAGCGCACACGCACUGGUGAACUCCAUUGGAAAAUUGUUUCUGUUUAUAUAAACAGGAUGAACCAGGUUAUGGUGAAGAUGAAGAGCAGGCACGUUGCCGGGACCAUCACAAAAAAGAAAAAGAAUGUGGUGCUUGGAGUGAUCAAAGACAUGCCCGCUUGGCCUGGUCGCCACUUGCUAGAAGGUGGUGAGAACCGUCGCUAUUUUGGGUUGAAAACAGUGAUGCGUGGUGUUGUUGAAUUUGAGUGUAGAAAUCAGAGAGAGUAUGAUGUGUGGACUCAAGGUGUGUCAAGGCUUCUCUCUAUUGCUGCUGAAAGGAACAACAAAAACCGAAUAUGUAGCAUUUGAUUGUGAUGGAGAAGAAAUUUUGGGAGAAGGGAAUAGGAUCCAUAGUAGGUCUUUUGAUGCAUGGUGGGGUUUUGAUCCAAAUGUAAAAAGGGUAAAUUGAAGCUCUAGAUGUGCCAUAUGGGGGGUUUCUUACUUUUCUUUAGUCUUGGGGAACAUAUUUUGAUGUAUUUUUUGAAGGGAAAAGUAAAGUCAUUUGAACCAAAGUGAAAAUCAUGUGAACCUAGGUGUUCUCUUGCUGAUAUGGAAAGAAAAGGGGCAUCUUGGACCGGGGUAGUCAAAAGGGAAAAAAAGAGACACAUUUGAGUGAAGUGUAAUAUUGAAGAUAAAGACACAGGCUGAUUUAUGUUUUUGUUUAUAGGUGUUGGUUUUGAUUGGCUUUCCCAGAUUGGAUCCCGAGAAUAGUUUUAAGGUUUAUGAGAUAGAGCCAUCAUUGUUU